AUGAAUAAAAGUAUUUAUAUAAUACUUCUUUGUGUGAAAUAUUUUCUAAUAUAUAGUAAAGCAUAUAAAAAAAAAAAUAAUAAUGAUGUUAUAAAUAUUCAAAGAACGAAAAAAAAUGAUUUAUUUUUUAUAAAAUCAUCUGUAAAAGAUUUAGGUGCAAGUAAAUUUAUACAUACAAGAAAAAGUGUUAACAAAAGAUAUAUUCAGGAUAAUGAGUAUAUAAAAGAAAUAGAUAAUGAUAUAGAAAAAAAAAAAAAAAAAACUACAUCUAAACGUAACAAUAAAAGUAGUAAACAAAAUAAUGAUGAUUAUGAAACGUUUUUAAUAGUUGAUGGAUCAUCUAUAUUAUUUAAAAAUUUUUUUGGUAUGCCAUUUUUAAAAAAUGAUAAUGAUGUAAAUUUAAGUACUAUAUAUGGAUUUAUACAAUCAUUAAAUAAAAUAUAUAAUUUAUUUUUACCCACAUAUAUAGCUAUCGUAUUUGAUUCUAAGACAUCUAAUAAUGAUAAGAAAAAAAUAUAUGCAAAUUAUAAAAUAUUUAGACGGAAAAACCCUGAUGAAUUAUAUGAACAACUAAAAAUUGUAAGUAACUUUUGUGAUACUAUAGGAAUUAAAACUAUUAGCUCAACCAAUAUUGAGAGUGAUAAUUAUAUAGCACAAAUUGUUGAUAAUAUUAAUAAUACAUUAAAAGAAAAAAAACAAAACGAUAGUUCCUUGGCCAACGAUCACAAAGAAAAAGAACCUCCUGCAAUGUAUACCUAUAUGAAAAAUGAUAUAUAUGAUAAUUUAGAGAGUAAUGGAACGAAUAAUACAUUUAAUAAGGAGACCAAUAAUAUAAAUGAUAACACAAAUGAUAACAACAUGAAUGACAAUGAACACCAUAAUAUUAAUGAUGAUAUGCAUUAUAAUAUUGAUGACAAUGAAUUCCAUAACAUGAAUGAUGAUAUUCCUUAUGACCUAAACGAUGAUGAUCACUAUAACAUAAAUGACGAUGUAUAUAAUAAUUUUUAUGAUAAUAUAUAUGCUGAAGAAAAUGUAUCAUACCAUGAAAAUAUUUUAACAAAUAAUAUAGAUAAAAACAAAAAAUUUCGAGUUAUUGUUGUUUCAAGUGAUAAGGAUCUAUUACAAUUAUUAGAAUAUAAUAAUGAGACAUAUAAUAUGGAUAUAUCCAUAUGUCAACCAAAUAAAAAAUAUCGUUUAGUAAAUGCAAAUUUAUUUUAUGAAGAACAUGAAAUAUUACCCUCUCAAUAUAGUGAUUAUUUAAUUCUAGCAGGAGAUAAAACAGAUGGGAUAUCAGGAGUACCUUAUAUAGGGGACAAAACUAGUAAAUGCUUAUUAAAAGAAUAUCAUAAUAUUGAAAACAUAUUAAAAAAUUUACAUAAACUUCCUAGUAAAUUACAUCAUAUAUUUCUUAAUAAUAUAGACAAUAUUAAUACAUUUAGAAAACUUAUAAAACUAAAAUGUGAAACUAAUCAAUCUUUGGUUUUUGAUGAUUAUAAACAAAAAAGAAUAAAAAAUUUUGAGCAAUUCAGAAAUUUCGCUGAUAAGUAUUCCUUACAUAAGUUGUUAAAAAAAAGUGUUAUAGUUAAUUAUCAUGAUUAA